AUGUCGUUCGAUUGGAGCCAUCGAGAAUAUUACGUGGAUGAUGCCGGCCAUUAUGCUUCUCCCGUCUUUAAUAGCUCCCGAGACUACAACAACGACACGGUCCCUCGCAAGCAAGCACCCUCACUACGUCGGCAUUCCACUUGUAGACCUACCACUGCCCUCUACCUCCCACACAAAAAACCUAAGUCCACAUUCAGAUCAGUCGCUGAUGACCACUGCUUCGGUCAUCCUCAGUUAGCGAAACGAGACGAUGGGCUAUCCAGAAUUCUUGUUGCACGCUCUUAA